GUCUGGCGUCCUAGUUCGUUAAACCACUUAUUCGAGAAGGGAGCAGAUCUUACAUGUGAAGAAUGGAUGGCAUCGCUGCAAGAAUCGGAGCUUGAUGAUGGCAUCGCUGCAGAUCUUAGCCAGAUGUUGAAUAAGAAAAAGGUGGAAGAAUACGAGAUAAUCAAUCGAGCUUACAGAUGGCUUACUAAGUAUCCGGAACACCAAUCCCCUCUGGCAUCGUCACUGACAAGGCCAUCUCCGUGUUGGGAACCUACGACCGGUGAAAAUUUCAAGCUAAAUGUCGAUGCCGCCUGUUUGGAAGGAGAAGGAACAGGUUUCGGGGUGGUGGUGAGGGACAAGAGCAACAGUUUUUGUUUUGCAGCGGUUCGAAGAACUAGGGUUCAAUGGAAACCCGAAAUGGCAGAGAUCAAGGAGAUCUGGUUUGGGAUUGAAAUGGCAGAGAAAUGGGGUUUAAUCGGAAAGAGAGAUCGAGACAGACUGUCUUCGUGUUGUUCAGCAGGUGGCAAAGGAAGAGACUAGAAUAACAGAGGAAGGGGUGGCAUGUGGCGAGCUAGCAAAGCGUCUGAAAGAGUUUGGCUCGUUUACUAUUAGGUUCUCGGGCCGAACCAACAACCAAGCAACCAUAUUUUGGUCCACACUUCAUGUAAUUGGGAGGAUACAACAAUUUGGCAGUCCAAACCUCUUAUCUUUAUAGUUUCUCAGUUACAAAGUGAUUCCUAUGCUAUUUCAUAUUAAUGGAAUAAUACAGGUUAUUUAUAAAA